AUGGCCCGGGAGGCGGCUGAUAACUGCUCCGAGAGCUAUCAGCUCCGGCAGGAGAACGAGCUGCAAGUGCUAGAGUCCAUCUACGGGAAAGAUUUUCAGGAUUUGCGGCAUGCCCGGCCGUGGAAGAUACGGCAGUCUCCAGAAAUCAAUUUAGUUUUGCGACCUCAGGGGCUGACUGGUGACCAUGAAGUUUAUGCUAAAGUUGACUUGUGGGUCAAAUGUUCCCAAACAUACCCUGACACUGUUCCGGAAAUUCAUCUUAAAAAUGCAAAGGGCUUGUCAAAUGACAACAUUAACUUGUUAAAAUCCAGACUAGAGGAAUUAGCAAAACAACGCUGUGGAGAGGUGAUGAUAUUUGAGCUGGCAGAUUAUGUCCAGUCAUUUCUCAGUGACUACAAUAAACCACCUUUAAAGUCUUUCCAUGAAGAAAUGCUAAAAAACCAACAAAAGGAACAAGAAAGACUGGCCCAGGAAGAACAGCGUCGAAUUCAGGAUGUUAAGAGGAAAGAAGAAGAGAUGCAACGCGAAAUUCUUAACGAGAUUCAGAGAAGGGAAGAAGAAAAGAAAGAAGAAAGAAAAAGGAAAGAAACAGCUAAGCAGGAGCGUCUGGAGAGCGCCACUUUGAUAAGCCAGGAGAACUCUACCAGUAGAGAUGCUCCAGGGCACAAAACAGCUCCCAAUUUAAAUGGAGGUGCUGGGGAACACAGAGGGACGAAUAAAAAUCGUGCACAUUCCACAGGGCGUACUAAAAAAGAGCGUCAGUAUUCAGUUUGCAGUACUGAAGAUUCUCCAGGAACUGGUGAAGUUUUGUAUUUUAACACCAAUGGUCAGUUUAAAGUACAUAAAGGAAAGUGUAUAGACAAGGAUGAGCAACUUGGUAAAUCAGUCUAUAAUGCUUUGGAGUUGUGCACUGGCAACUUUGUCCUAGUACAUGAAUGGGUGCUUCAGUGGCAAAAGAAAAUGGGAAAAUUUCUUACAAGUCAAGAAAAAGAAAAGGUUGAAAAAUGUAAAAAACAGAUUCAGGGAGCAGAAGUAGAAUUCAGCUCUCUAAUGAAGCUAAACCACCCAAACAUAGUCCGUUAUCUAUCUAUGAGCCUUAAAGAGCACAAUGACUCAAUUGUGGUAGACAUCUUGGUGGAACACAUUAGUGGAUCUAAUCUCUCUAUGCACUUGGACAAAGAGAUCCCCGUUCCUAUGGACCAGCUGCGACAGUACACAAGCCAGCUUCUCUCAGCUCUUGACUACCUACACAGUAAUUCAGUAGUACACAAAGUUCUUAGUGCAUCCUGCAUUCUGGUGGAUACUGAAGGAAAUAUCAAGGUGACCGACUACAGUAUUUCAAAACGCUUGGCAGACAUUUGCAAGGAAGAUGUUUUUGAGCAAACCAAAGUUCGAUUUAGUGAAGAUUCCUUGCCAAACAAACCAGGGAAAAGAGGGGAUGUGUGGCAACUGGGUUUGGUGCUACUUUCUCUCAGCCAAGGACAAAUAACUAAGGAAUAUCCAGUCACGAUCCCAAGUGAGCUGCCUGCUGAUUUUCAAGACUUUCUGAAAAAGUGUGUGUGCUUGGAAGACAAAGAAAGGUGGAGCCCUCAGCAGCUAUUACAACACACUUUUAUAAAUCCACCACAAAUGAAAACGCCUGUAAUGGAAGAAAGUCCAGUUGAGUCAGCAGAAAUAGAUGAUAUUGAAACGGUUAGUCCCAGCAGUCAGAUUGCUGGUAAUGUAAUCUUCACAGAAACACAGAAACAAUUUUCUCGUUAUUACAAUGAGUUUGAAGAAUUACAGCUUCUUGGAAAAGGGGCCUUUGGAGCAGUCAUCAAGGUCCAGAACAAACUGGAUGGCUGCUAUUAUGCAGUGAAGCGUAUUCACAUAAAUCCAACAAGCAAGCAGUUUCGAAGAAUUAAAGGGGAAGUGACUCUCCUGUCACGUCUGAACCAUGAGAACAUUGUGCGCUAUUACAACGCAUGGAUAGAGAAACACGAGAUGCCUUUGCUCAGCCCCUCAGCAUCGGAAACCACCGAAGUAAAAAAAGCAGCCAACAAGCAGGCUCUGAACGGGAAGGCUGAAGAAGAAUCCGUGGAUGACGUGGAAGCAAAUGCCCCUCCUCCUGUUCUGACGAGUUCAGUGGAAUGGAGCACCUCGUGUGAGAGAUCCGCAAGUGCCCGCUUCAGUGGAACUGAUCAGGAGUCCAGUGAUGAUGAUGACGACGAUGAUGGUGGAGGAGUAUUUUCACAGUCAUUCUUGCCAGCAGCCGAUUCUGACAGUGAUAUCAUUUUUGAUAAUGAAGAUGACAAUGGUAAAAGUCCUGUGACGGAUGAAGAUUGCAAUGGAAAGGACACCCAUAGUGAGGAAGAUGUGACAUCAGUUAUUCAGACUGUGCACCAUCUGUAUAUUCAGAUGGAAUAUUGUGAAAAGAGCACUUUAAGGGAUACUAUUGACCAGGGCUUAUAUCAAGAUACCAGUCGUCUUUGGAGGCUUUUCCGGGAAAUUUUAGAUGGAUUAGCUUACAUUCAUGAAAAGGGAAUGAUUCACAGAGAUCUGAAACCUGUCAACAUUUUUUUAGAUUCUGAAGAUCAUGUGAAAAUUGGUGAUUUUGGCUUGGCAACUGAUCACCCAGCAACUGCAGCAGACACUAAACAAGAAGUGUCAGAGGAUCAUUUAACUAAAAGUGAUCCUUCUGAAAAUUUAACGGGCAUGGUUGGGACAGCUCUUUAUGUGAGUCCAGAGGUACAAGGAAAUACUAAAUCUACAUAUAAUCAGAAAGCGGACCUUUUCAGUUUGGGUAUAAUAUUCUUUGAGAUGUCCUACCACCCAAUGGACACAGCAUCAGAAAGGAUCUUUGUCCUCAGUCAGCUGAGGCUGCCCUCUAUUGUAUUUCCAAACGACUUCGAUGAGGUGAACAAUGCAAAGCAGAAACUGGUUGUGGCCUGGUUGUUGAACCAUGAUCCUUCAAAACGUCCAACUGCUAUGGAGCUGUCAAAAAGUGAACAUCUCCCACCCCCACAGAUGGAGGAAUCUGAGCUUCAUGAAGUGCUUCAUCACACUUUAGCAAAUGUGGAUGGGAAAGCUUAUCGGACGAUGAUGGGGCAGAUAUUCUCACAGCGCAUUUCUCCUGCCAUAGAUUAUGCCUAUGAUAGUGACAUUCUUAAGGGUAGUUUUUCAGUUCGGUCAGCCAAGAUUCAACAACAUGUAUGUGAUACAGUUAGCCGAAUCUUUAAAAGGCAUGGAGCUGUCAAGUUGCAUACCCCCCUGCUAAUGCCUAAGAAUAAAAAGCUGUAUGAACACAGUGAAGUUUCGUAUUUGAUGGAUCACAGUGGAAUGCUAGUGAUGCUUCCUUAUGAUCUCAGGAUUCCUUUUGCAAGAUUUGUAGCUAGGAAUAAUAUAACAAACUUGAAAAGAUACUGCAUUGAGCGAGUUUUCAGGCCUCAGAAAUUAGAUCGUUGUCACCCAAGAGAGCUCUUAGAAUGUGCAUUUGAUAUCAUCACUCCUGCUGGCAACAGUUUUUUACCUAUCGCAGAAACAAUCUACACAAUUUCUGAAAUAAUCCAGGAAUUUCCUGUGCUUCAGGAAAGAAACUAUAGUAUCUUCUUGAAUCACACGGCCUUAUUGAAAGCUAUCCUUCUACACUGUGGAAUACCAGAAGAUAAACACAACCAAGUGUACAUCAUUCUGUAUGAUGCUGUGACGGAAAAGCUAACAAAAAGAGAAGUGGAAGCCAAGUUCUGCAAUAUUUAUCUGUCACCAAACAACCUUGGUCGACUCUACAGAUUUAUUGAACAGAAGGGGGAGUUGCAAGAACUAAUCCCGAUGUUAAAUACACUCUUAAAACAAAAGACUGGAAUCUCCUCACUGGUGAAACUUGGCAUAAAAGAACUAGAGGAAACAACUGGUCUGUUAAAGAAACUUGGCAUUAAACUUCAGGUGUCUAUAAACUUGGGAUUGGUUUAUAAAAUGCAGUUGCACAACGGCAUUGUAUUUCAGUUUAUUGCAUAUAUUAAACGCAGACAAAGGAUAGUUACUGAGAUUCUUGCUGCUGGAGGUAGAUAUGAUCAUCUGAUUCCACAAUUCAGAGGACCACAAGCAGUUGGAGUCAGCAUAGCUAUAGAUAAAAUAAGUUCUGCGGUUUUGAAUAUGGAAGAACCUAUUACAGUGAGCUCCUGUGAAUUAUUAGUUGUUGGUAUUGGCCAGGUUGCAAAGGCAAGAGCCAUCAGUAUUGUCCAGAAGUUCUGGGCUGCAGGAAUUGCUGCUGAAAUAAUGUAUGAUUGGUCACAGCCCCUAGAAGAAUUACAAGAAUAUUGUCGAUGUUCUGGGAUCACCUAUGUAGCUCUUAUCUCUGAUAAGGAAGGAAACUAUGUAAAGGUGAAAUCGUUUGAAAAGGAAAGGCAGACAGAGAAAAGGAUUUUGGAGACUGAUCUAGUAGAUCAUGUGGCCCAAAAACUGAGAACCAAAGUCUGUGAUGAAAGAAGUAACAGAGAAACCUCAGAUAAUUUGCCAGUACAGAAUCCAAAGGGAUCAUUCUCGAAUACCUCUGGUGUGUUUGAACCACAUGGAACUGCAGUGAUACCAAACAUCUGUAUUGUUCCGCCAGAGAAGUUGUCUGCAAGUGCCAGGCGGCGUUGUGAAAUUCAGGUUCAAACCAGACUCCAGACCUGCAUUGCUACCCUGCAGCAGAAAGCAAGUGAAGUUGAAAUUUUAGCAGUAGAUCUGCCAAAAGAAACUAUAAUACACUUCUUAUCCUUAGAGUGUGAUGCAGAUGAACAAACCUUUUAUAUGACUGUGAAGCAACUAAUGUCACGAUUGCCAAAGCAAAGAUAUUUAAAAUCUGUAUGUGAUGAAAUCUACAAUAUCAAAAUCGAAAAGAGAGUGCCUCUUAUCCUGUACAGUUACAGAGAUGACUACUACAAAAUUCUGUUUUAGUCACAAGUGUUAUAUCAGUAAGAUCAGAAGCAGAGUAUUACAACAUGGAACCAAAUACAUCAUACGUUACUGUGAAGAACUAUUUAUACUUAAGAUAAAUCCUAAAUUGUUAUAAAAAUACAAAUGGGACAGUUAU